UUUGGUUUUGGAAGAAUCUCUCAGGGGAAGAAGGACCGCGCCAGACCUCCCCUCCCCCUUUUUUACGCUAUUUUGGGCCUCGAAUUCCUUCAAGGUGGAUACUAUGCGGAGAGUACACGACAGAAUAAACCUCCUGGACCUUCCGGAGAUCGUGGUGGAGAAAAUUAUGGGGUACAUGAGCUACGAGGAGGUGGCGCAUCUCAGGAUCAUUUGUCGGCGGUUCAACCAAAUCAGCCAGAUGUUGCUGAACAAAGGAUUCCGCAAAGUGGAGCGUUACCAAGCCAAGUGCCUUAAAGAGGUGAAGAGCCAGCUGCCGAGGCGAGAAUCAGAACGAAAGAACCACCCUCUCUUCCGCCACUGCGACAUACUUACCGCCGUGGAGACAAGAUUGUCACUCCUCAACAUGACGUUUAAUAAAUACGUUGAAAGCCAGAUGUGCUGUUUUAUCCCUGGAAAGGUCAUUGACGAAAUCUACAGAGUCCUGAGGUUCAUCCAGUCCAACAAGACGCUCCCAAAGUCACAAGAAAUCUUAACAGAACUGCGAGACAUCUCCAGCAUGGCCAUGGAACACUUCGAGGAGAAGAUUGUGCGUUCCCUGAAGCCCACGUCCCUCACACCCCCUUCAGCACGGUUCUCCCCUUCGCUGUUCUCUUCAGGAUUACCCUCGCUACAUGCUAAGGGCUGUGUUUCUCCAAGGGCACUACUCCUGUCAAAGUCAGAACCAGGGUCAUCCUCCUCAUCAGAACUCCAGUACGUUAUUGCAGAUAACAAGUACAACAAAAAUUCCUUGAAUGGCCUCAGUAAGGAAGUCAGUGAACUGAAAUCUAAGCUCCACGAACUGCGCAGGAAAGUCAGCGAGCAAGAGCGGGUAGCGCUUGAGCAGAAUCGCCUUGUGUCUGAACAGUCCACGAAGAUAUCACUUCAAGAAGGAAAGAUCACAGAGUUAAACAGGAAGCUUCUGGAAUAUGAUCAGCGCUUUUCUGAAUUGCAAGCCGAGAUAUCCCGCAUCAGGGAAGGCUGCAGCGAAACGUCAGCAAGCAGCAGCAGCAAAAGUUCACAGUUCUUCACAGCACCAAAUCAGACCACUCCUGCUGUGGGCUCAGCAUUGUUUGUGGCAGCUAACAUGGUGCCUGUUAACAUAACAGCGGCACAGCUGUCUUCACAAGCAUACCUGAAUCCGCCACAGCUGGCUGGCUACUCCUCUGGGGGGUUGGCCUUCACAAUGCCCUCCCCGCACCCAGGCUCAGCCAAUCUGCAGUCCACGACAUCUACCAUUCCCUCAACCAGCAAAGUGUCUUGCCUCAGUGCAGGGGCCUUGGGUUCAAAGAGUCUUGAAGGGGACUCCCUCUCUCCCACAUCCCAGGCUUUGGAGAACCCUGCACUGCCACCUCAGAGCAGCAUGGAAGCGGGAGGCGUUAGCAGUAACUCCCACAGAAGGAAGCACAGAAAGAGGCACGCCUCCGAAAAUGAUGGGGAUCAAGACACAGCGCCCUUGGCGGUCAAGUGGACAAAGAAAUAACCACUUCCCAUACAACAUUAGGAAUAAAUGCAACUGUGGCAUAUAUUGACAUAUGUAUCUCUGUAAAGUUAUAAAUGCUUUUAAAUAAGUUAUAACUUCUAUUGAUAAGAAACUGGAAGGCACUUUACUUUUUUUCCAUAAUUGUUAUUCAGUUUUCAGAUUAUGAUCUGACUCCUUGAUGAUUCCCUUUGUAAAGAAAUGAAAUAGAAUAUUAAACAAUGUGUGAGAAUCAGUCGGUCACGAACUCAUUACUUUGAUAAAGACAUGUUUAUUGUUACUUUAGCUUAAAAGAACUUGAGAAUUCAUUUCAUUAUCUCUAUUCUUAAUCAUCAACAAGAUUUGGAAUGAAAAGCACAAUAUUUUUGAUAGCUGUAGUUAUUAGUAAGUCAUAUCUCCCUUUUUCUUCCUUCUUUGUCCCUUUCUUCCUCUAUUUCUGUGUCUUUCCCUUCCUCUUCCCAUUCCUCUUUGCUGCUGCUGCCACCACAUCCUCCUCCUCUUUCUCCU